AUGCGUUCGCUCAUAUUCAUAGUUGCAUUGUUCGUAAUUGCUGGUGUAGUCAGCGCCGACUGCGAAGGAGUCUGCCACGCUCUUUGCAAUAUUAUCUGUCGUCUCGUUGGAAGCACCUGCGAGGAAAGUCAUUGCGAAGGAAUUAGUUGUUAUUUCAACUGCACUAACGGGCACGAGGACUUGAUUGGCCAUGAUGAAAUGAUGAACUUCAAGAUCGAACAUUAA